CAGUGAGCACCCGCGGUUCGCGCAGCCGCCGCCCACCGCUGUUCAACUGCCGUGCACGAUCAGGGCGCGCACGGUGAAAUAACGUCAUGGCAAGCACCACGACCACGAUCAGGACCACGGUGGUCGGGGAGGGACCAACCAUCAAGUUCGUCUCUGUGCAACAGGGCUUCAUUUCAACGAUAAGCGGCCUGCUGACAUCCAUCGAAAUGGUUUUGGGAAUCAUUGUAUUCUCCUUGGCGAUGCUGUGGCUCACCAAGGGUGCCGUCCUCUUCCUCGUUCUGAUAUCAUUUGCCUUCUGGGUAAUGUCGUUCCUGAUACUCAUAUCAUCAGCGUUUUCUGCCACUGGAACCCUGCUACCAACGACGCUAUUCUACAUGGUGUUUCACGGCACAGCUUUCUUGUUUUACCUGAGCGGAGGUGUUUCAACAAUCAUCAGCAGCCAUCAUGGCGUCACCAUCGCAGCCGGGGUCCUCGGCCUGGUGGCCUCUAUCUUCCACCUGAUUCACACUGGAUUCGCUUACAAGAAGAAGAUUUGAUCGAGACAGGGCAGUGCAGUGCAGUGCAGUGCGUCCACCGUUCACUGCUGAUGUCUCACUGCUAAGAAAGACCAGGCAGUGGUGACAGGUGCUUUGCAGUGAGGAGGGGAGCUCAGGCCGGCGGUGCCCGUCAGUCGACCUGCUGCGCCGCGCAACAGCUGUGGGCGGCAUGAAUACGCUAUGUAGGCGUCAUCUGCGCACAAUCCGUUGUUUUCAUCGGGCGACUAUGAGUCAUGCAUGUAAUCCAUGCCCAGGUGCUGGCUAUCGUCGAAGCACUAGAGCGGACAACGCGGCGAAUGUUUGUAUAUCGUGCUUGUUGUGCAGUGUGAACCGUGUGUUUCUUCUUCACGUCGCAAAAGCUAACCAAGGAAUGUCUCUUGUG